GUCGCCGUCGUCGUCGUCAGUACCAGUUACAGGUUUGCGUGCACAUACGAAAUAUUGUUAUAAACGUUUUAUCGAUUGGGUUCAUAACAUUUUUUCCCUUCUGUUUUUUUUUUUCAGAUAUCUACAAAAUCGUAACACACACGUCUUAUUAUUAUAUACGUGCAAACGAAAUUGCGCACAGAGAUGUACGUGGCGCGCCGCAGUUCGGGUGCUCUCGUCGACGGCGAGACUUUUAUCGACGGCCGCCGUCCCUAAACACACCGCGCCGCGAUCGCGGUAAAUAUAGACAUUCGACAUUUCGACGCGGUCACGCGGACCACGCGACGACGACGAGCGGGAAAUUUGCAACGCCGUGGACGCACAUCACUGGCCAGCUAGAAUCCGCGGCCGGCACCAUUAUGGACGCUUGCUUUAGCGCCUUCGACAAGGACGGCGAUGGUUUUUUAAACAUUGAAGAGUUUGAUGGCAUCUGCAAAGGGCUCUUCCGCAACGACCGCGGAAUUGUGUACAGCCUUGAUGUCCACACCCUUAAACACAUAUUUAACAUAUUCGAUACGAAAAAGGACGGUUUGAUUGAUCGACAAGAAUUCACUAUGUGUUGGAACAAGUGGAUUAAGACUAUUAUAAGACCCGUCAACAUAUUCCUCAUUAUCGACGUCCAAAACGAUUUCAUAUCCGGUUCGUUGAACAUCAGCAACUGCUCUGCGCAACAGAACGGAUUGGAGGUUAUAGAGCCCAUCAACCAUCUGUUGGACACUGUGAAUUUCGACUCUGUAUUUUAUUCAUUCGACUGGCAUCCGAUCGAUCACAUAUCGUUCAUCGAAAACUUGUCUUUGCGUCCAUUAGACUCGUCGUCUCAGAUCAAAGCUGACAACGCACAAUUAUACGACACCGUGGUAUUCGAGGGAUCUCCGAAGAUAAAACAACGUUUGUGGCCAAAGCACUGUGUCCAAGACUCGUGGGGUGCUCAGCUCUAUAAAGACUUGAAGGUGGUGGAUAAUGCAGUGAAAAUAUACAAAGGAACGAUAUCGGACGUAGAUUCGUACUCAGUGUUUUGGGACAACAAAAAAUUGACUCAGACCACAUUAGGCACGCAGUUGGCUCAGUUGAACGCCACCGACAUUUACGUGUGCGGGUUGGCGUACGACGUUUGUGUCGGUGCGACUGUAGCGGAUGCGUUGUCGAUUGGAUACCGGACGAUAUUAAUCGAUGACUGUUGCCGCGGCGUCGAUUUGAACGACAUUGAAAAAACCAAAAACAAUGUUGUCAAAAAUCACGGUGUCAUUGUUCAGUCAAACGAGGUAAAAACAAUGGUUGAAGGGCGCGACAGGAGGCCUGAGCUGGGCUAUAAAUUGGCGCUCGAAAUCGAAAAGUCUAUGGAGAAAGAAAAUUAUAAAUAGGGCCUAUUUUAUGUGUAGGUAAUUAUAAGCUUAAAAUUAUAGUAAAACUGUACUAUGUAUUUUAAUUGAAAACUAUGCGAUAAAUCUCAUCAGUUGUUCAGUCAUUGUCACAGUAUUCAAUUUGUUCUCGUUACUUUUAGAUAUCAAUAGGUCUCUGG